AACCUCACGUGCAUAUGUUUUUUUUUUUUGUUGAGAUUUAUCCAUUAGCUACAGAAGAAAAAAAAACUACAAAAAUCAAAAGAAAAAGGCCACGCGUCACCUCUUCCUUUUUCCGCUCGCGCGUCGUUUACAUAUGGUUUCAACGGAGAAGGCAUCGACAAAAUCGUGGCGGAAUGUGUUGGCCCCGUAAGCUGAAGUGUGUUUUUCUCUUUGCAUAUAUCUCAAUUAUGCAGGUGAAGACAAACAUCCUCGUACGUGUAAGUUCCACCUCAGCCCACGUCGUACACGUGGCGGGCUGCGGCCAGACCUCUACGAGACGGUCAUCAUCCUUCUUAUGCCCGCCCACUUCCUCCACCCUACGUGCCCUCUCCUCUGCUCCUCACCCACGACGUGUCACACCAGGUGUCCACUCUUACCUUCUGCCACGACACCAACUGCCGCCCUCGCUUCCCUUUUAAGGCGUCCUCACCAUCUUUCCUUCGCUAAGUUCACUCUUUGGCGAAGAGAAGAGAUCGUUGCACGCAUAAUGGCUUCAGGGCAACAAGUCAACAGGGAGGAGGAGGUUUCCAGAGAAGAGGAACGAGCCAAGAGGGAGGCCAUGUCGCUGGAGGAGAUCGGCCACUACCGCGCCACCGCUCAGCAGAACUCCAUCGAGUCCAUCAGGGCCGCGGAGGAGCGGUACGAGAAGGCCAAGCAUGCUGGCUUGGCGACGGUCCACCACGCCAAAGAAACCGUCGUCCACGGCCUCGGCGCCGCGGGGGCUUAUGCCGCCGCCAAAGGCACCGAGGCGAAGGAUUAUGCGGGCGAGAAAGCCCGCGGUGCAGCUGAAGUUGCUGCGCAGAAGGCUGCCGCAGCAAAGGAUGUCACCGUCGAAAAGGGCCGACAGGGGCUCGAAGUCGCAAAGGAUACCGCGGCCCAGGCGGCGGUGAAGGCCAAGGACUUGACUGUUGGCACUGGUGAGACCGCAAUGGAGUAUGCAAAGGAAACGGCCGCGAAGACGAAGGAUGUGACAGUGUACACGGGCCAGACCGCAGUGGAUUACGUGAAGCUGGCAGCCAUGAAGACGAAGGAUGUCACGGCCGGUGCGGGCGAGACAGCCAUAGAUUACGCAAAGCAGGCAGUGGAGAAGGCAAAGGAUGUGACGAUAAGCACCGGGCAGACUGCUGCUGAGUUCGCGCAGCUAGCUGCUGCAAAGACAAAGGAUGCGACGCUGAGUGCAGCAGAGUACGCGCGCGAGAAGACCGUGGGAGCCAAGGAUACAGCUUCUGAGACAACGCAGAGAACCACAGAGGAGGUAAAGGAGACCGCGAAGGCCAUGGGUCAUGGAGCUAUGGAGAAGGCGGAAGAGGCCAAGGAAGCAGCAAAGGACACAGGCGGAAGAGCCAUGGGAUACACAAGUAACAAGGCUGAGGAGGCAAUGGUGGCUGCUAGGGCUAUGGCUCGGAAAGCCGUGGAGAAAGCUCGGGAAGCUAGGGAAGCAGCGAAAGGCACGGGCGAAGAAGCCAUGAGGAAAGCAAGAGCGAAGGCAGAGGAGGCAAUAGAGGCAGCCAAGAGAGCCCUGGAGUACGCAGCGUUCAAGGGAGGGGAAGAACAGGAGUACACUGACGAGAAAGCAUCCGAAGCAAAGGAAAAACGAGGAGAGAAGACCGAAGAGGCCAAGAGAAUCAUGGAGGGAGCAAAACAGGAAGCAGGAGGAGGAGAAGCCAUGGAGACCGGAGAUGAAGCUAAACACUACAAGGAAGAGAAAGCUACCGAACCACAGAAAGUAGAGGCAGGGGAAGGAGGAGGAGGAGGAGGAGGAGGAGGAGGAGAAGAAACCAAGCCAGCGAAGAUCCCUGCGGCGGUAAUAGAGGUCACAAUGCAAGAGGCGAUUGAUUCCACUGCUGCUGCCGGGGAGCUACUGGAAACCAUUGGCGUGGCAGUCACCGAAAUUGCCAUGUCUACAGCUGAUAUGAUCAUCGGAUUAGAUGCAGAAGAGAAGAGAGGUGAAUGAAUGCAUUAGACAGCAGUUCCAAAUAAUUAGGCCUUUCACUUGUGUGCUGUGUCCAGAGAUAAAAAUAGAAUGGUGGAGUUGUAUGUGGAUCAAAUGGCGUCGCGCCAUCUUUACAUGAGUAGUAAUAGUAGAUCAUGCUUGCCUAGCGAGAUGUAGACCUGCAAUAGAGCUUGUGGUGGUGGUGGUGUGGGCUCUGUAACCGGAGACUGUGAGCUUUGUCCUUCAGUUCCUGGAAUGCUCGCAUGGUUUCUACAUCGAAACCUCCUGCAAACUGGCGAUGAUGGAAGAAGAAAAAUUGAUGAUAA